AGGGCAGCGGCUUCUCUUGUCGCCACUGAGGCUGCUCCUGUCCCUGGCGCGUGCUGAGCACCGAGCCGGCCGCCGGCGCGCACGGUAGAGUCUGGCUUGCGGGCGGGAGGCGUGACUCCGGCGCAGCAGCCGGGCACCGAAGGAGUCUCACUGCAGAGGUACUGCAGCUGCCCUGCUCGCACCAUGCGCGUCUCCGGCUCCGGGGCGGGCUCCAAGCGGCUGCAGCUGCUGCUCUCCCUGGCUGCUCUGUGGCUGUCGGAUGCUAAUGAACCAGGUACAGCUAUGACAACACGACAUAUCAAUCAGCAAACUCGAGAGAGCAUUUCAGAUUAUACCGUAAAGGGACAUGACUUAUCUACCCCUGGUUCACAUCUCAGCACACAAGAUUUUAAUCAGCAGACUGAGGAGAAUAUAUCUAAUCUCACAUCAGCGGUGUAUAGCAAAUCCAUAGAUGGGUUUUCCAGUGCUCCAGUGGAGGAAAAUGUCAUAUUAUAUAAUCCAGCUAACAUUGCACUCUUGUGUAGCUUGACUAGAGCAUCCACUGAUUCAGCAACUGUUGAAGUGACGUGGAAGAAGGAUAAUGAAAGACUUGAAAGUAGCAAUGUCACCAUUAAUGAAACGCAAAAUGUCUGGAGUACUCAAUAUAUGUUGAAGAUCAGAGAUAGAAACCAAAUGGGAAAUUACACUUGUGUUUUUAAAAGUGACCAAGAAGUUAAUGCCACAUUUCAUUUACAAGUACCUCAGAUUGAAGGGAAAGAGCAUCACGUAGUCAGUUAUGUAGGAGAUACUGUUGUCCUGGUAUGUAAAAGUCUCAAAUAUAUUCCCAUCAACUGGAUCUGGUACAUGAGUAAUGGAAGUGACCAGGUUGCUAUUAAUGAUUCUUUGAUGCCAGAUAAAUAUAUAGUCGAUGAAAAAUAUGCCAAUAUAACGAAACUCAAGAUUCUGAAGAUCUCAGAGAAAGAUGAUAGAUCAUACUGGUGCCAAGCUGUAUUUAAACUAGGAGAGAGCAAAGGAAAAGUAUCCCUUAAAGUUCUCACCUAUAUGACACCACUCAAACCAUUUCUUGCAAUAGCUGCUGAAGUUAUUAUUUUAGUAGCUAUUAUUUUCCUGUAUGAGAUCUACUCCAAAAAGAAACAGAUGCAUGCAGAAGAUGAAAAAGAAUUUGAACAAAUUGAGCAACUUAAAUCAGAAGAUAGCAAUGGUGUAGAAAAUAGCACCACCAGGCACCGAAAAGUUUAAGUCAGUUCCUAAAGGAAGGAGAUUUUAAACCAACAAAAAGGAAAUAUCAUUUGACCAUCACAAAACCACAGGAAGAUGUACAUGGCUAUGCAUUUCAAAUAUUUACAAUGCUUCUAAUUAGAGCUCAUUAGACUUGUAACAAAAAUAAUGAAGAUCUCCUAUUCUGCUUUUAAAAUAUAAACAUGAAACUGCCUCUUUGUCAAAUAGUUAUUCUAUAAAGACUAUACUGUAUCCAGACAUUAUACAUAUGUACUCUCAAAUAUCUGUUGUUGUGUUUGUGUCUCCUUACUGGUAAAAGUCAAUCUUUAUGCUACUGAGAUUUCCUGGCCUCAGUCCAAUUGGUUAAGAAGAUUAACUUGUAUAAUUUUUGCUUCCCUACAUUGGGCCUGGUCCUGCAUUCAUAGAUCAUCCAAUACUCUUAGUAACUUCACAGAGUGAGCAGAUGAUGCAAGAUCAGGACAACUAUAAGCUGACAGUAAAUUUUACAAUGUAAGUUCAGAUUCACAACAUCUUAGAGAAAAUAUUUUUUACUGGUAGACAGAGCAAAUACAACACACAAAAGCCAUUUUUUACAUCAAAGGAAUAAUCAAAGGAGAAUCUUUAUCAUAUUUUUCAAACAAUAUUAAGGGUUUUAUCAUUUCCUAUGAAGAUUCUUAAACCCAAAUUUGGUUAGCAUCAUUUGCAAUUAGGAAGAAAUAGAUGGUGAACUCUGGAAAUUUAAGAUGAUACACAUUGCCUUAAGAUUUCCUGUCCUAACACAGAACCAUUUUUUGUACAAAAAUGUGACAUUUUUUACUUUAUAAACUACCAAACAAAUGAAUAAAUAAGCUUGACAUUAAAAGGUCCUAGCAUUGAUUUAUAUAUCAAGAGACUGCCCUUACUAGGCAUCCUCAUGUUUUGACAAAAUAUCAUCACAUGUAAUGAGUUCAGUUCUGCUCUAUCUUUAUUAGAAGACAACACAUUUGAAGUGACCAUUUUUGGCUGUCCUUUUAGUGGACACUUAAGACAGAUUUGUAUUGCAUAUUUAUAUAUUGCCUUUCAUCCCAAAGAAUCCCAAAGUGCUAUUUUAGGGCAGGAAGUGAAUGAAAAUAAACAAUAUGAAAUAAAAUAUCAUAAUAGAAUAAAAAUAACCUGUUACCAAUUUAAAAUCCAGGGAGAAUGUUGUCUACGUGGAAUGUAAUUAAACAAACUUGAAUGUAACCAGAACAUUUGGGUUAAUGUCCCUACUCUUACACAAAUUGCCAUAAAGUCUUCAAUGACC